AUGGAAAGUGGGACAAGUAUGGCAGAGCAUCCGGACUCUUUUGAUGAGCUGGUAGUGGGACUCCAGACUACGGGAGAGCAAGUUGACGAGUCACGUCAACUGGUGGUUCUUCUCAGCAGUCUGCCGUCAGAGUAUGACUUGAUGUCGUCGAUUGUGGAGAAUACUAAGGACAUCACGUUGAUCGAAGUCAAGGAGAAGCUACUCAAGAAAUCGGAGAAGCUGCAAAGGAAGGCAGCUACGGAGAAAGCGUUUCGCGGAAAUGCAAACGCCAGAAGAUUUAAAGAUGGACGGGACAAUGGACGAAAGGGUGGUCCACCACGCAAUAACGACGAAUAUAAGAGCAAGUGUUUUAACUGUGACCAGUUUGGGCACAGGAAGCGGAACUGCCCGGCCAGUAAGAGGUCCGACAGCGAUGACACGGUGUUUGCUGAUGGUGAAAGAAAGUCAUCAAGAUGGCUGGUUGACAGUGGGGCUACUUCCCACAUGACCCCACACAGAAAGGGCUUGUCUGAUUACAAGUGCCUCGAAGCUAGCAUUGAAGUCACGAUUGCAGAAGGGAAGAUUUCACUCGUUAGAGAAGCUGACACGGUGAAACUGACUGGAUUGGACGGAAAGGGCAUUCGCAUGGUGGAUGUUCUGCACAUUCCCGGAUUGGGCAGAAGAUGA